CAAUACCCAAUCAUUAUCGGUGCUUGUUCAGUGGCCAUCACGUCAGCGGCACUCCUGGCAGUCGUCUCGUGUUCCGUCAGCGCCAGGACGUUCAUCGCCAUGGGGCUCGACGACGCCUUGACCGUUUCCUUCCUCGUUCUCUCGCUGUCCGACCUCUGCUACGUCGCGUCCUUGCUCAGCAGCGGCGUCUUCUCCGUCCUCUGGGCGGUGGAGAUGAUCUCCAACUACGCGGUGCGGUUCGGCGUCGAUCCGUACGGCGCGUACAUCUUGACCAGCAACGUCGGCUUCCUCAUCUACCCAAUGACGAUGCUCACCACCACGUUUCUGGCGGUGGCUCGCUGCAUGUGCGUGGCGCGGCCGCUGCGGUUCGGUGACUUGUUCUCGACACGCCGAUGCGCGACAGCCCUCGCCGCGUUCGUGGUGCUGACGGUCGCCAGCUACGUCCCCGUGCUGUCCAACUUGGGCGUGGGGGAAGCCUUCGACCCGCGCGUGAACCUGACCCGCCUCCUCGUCUGGUCAUCGGGCGACCGCCAGUUCGUCAGAGACGUCGUCUUGGGCACGAGAGACACAUUCCUGAGCAUCACAUCGCAAAUCAUCGUCACCGCGUGCGUUUUUGUGCUGAGUUUUUACCUCAGAAGGGCCCAGUCCUUCAGGAGGUCAUCGUCCUUGGCCAUCCAGCGGGACGGGACGCCGUCGUCGUCGGAGGCAUUUGAUGGCCGGGAACUUAGAGUCGUCCAGCAGGUCACCGUAAUAUCGAGCGUGUACGUUUUGUGCAACUUCCCCAAAGUUCUGGUCAACAUCUCGGGAAUCCUGGAACCGGACCUUAAGUUUACGAAGAGGUUCCAGAAGGUGUAUCAACUGAUCAUCAUCAUCAUGAAUCUGUUCCAGGUGUUAAACUGCGGCAUCAACAUCACCAUCUACUAUAGGUACAACACAAAGUUCAGACGAUUCUUCGGAGGUUAUUCUCAAUACAUUAUCCGAUAA